UCUUGCCUCCGCACCACCAGCAACUCCCGUCGAUGGCUGGGGACGACGGACCGAAAAUGGCUGGGGACGACAGCGACAGCUGCGUGCCGCGGGACUCUAUCUUCUUUCUGAAAACGCACAAAUGCGCCAGCUCCACUGUGCAGAACAUCCUGAUGCGCUACGGCGAAAAGCACUCGCUCAACUUCGUCCUGGGAAGCACGGGCAACUACGUCGGAUCACCGACGCCGUUCAACAGCCGCCUCAUUCCGGAUUGGAUUUGGCCCCGCUCUGGCAAGUUUGACGUGUUCGCGCACCACACGCGGCUGCACGUGGCCGAGACGCGCCGCGUGAUGCAAGAUCACGCUGCGUGGGUCACGAUUCUGCGCGAUCCCGUGGCACAGUUCGAGUCGGCCUUCGACUACUACCACUUCUCGAUUGCGCAACACUGGAAUAUGACGCUGAGACAAUUCAUCGCCCUGCCGCUGGAGAGGAAGCAGGCCCUGGGGAGAAUCGGCUAUGGGCGCUUCGGCGGCAACCAGAUGGCGUUUGACCUCGGAUACGACCCAGCCAUCGUCAGCGAGCCGCGCCUCGUGCAGGCCAUGCUCGACGACCUGGACAAGGCCUUCGACCUGGUGAUGAUAGCCGAGAUGAUGGACGAGUCGCUGGUGCUGCUGCGCCAGCUGAUGUGCUGGUCGAUCGACGACGUCACCUACUUCACCAAGAACGCGCGCUUCGACUCGCUGCGUACCCCGCUGAGUGGCGCCGACCGCGCGGCGCUGGAGAAGUUCCUGGAGCUGGACAUGAUUCUGUACCGCCACUUUCGGCAGCGGCUGGCCCAGCAGAUCGCCGCCGUGCCAAUCGCCACGUUCCUGGCGCACACGGAGGCGCUCGUGGCGCGCCGCCUGCACUACAGGCAGCACUGCGUGGCCUCCGAGGCCAAGGGCAGCGAGCUGCAAGGGCAGCAGCACGAGAUCACAGACAAGGUCAAGGGCUACCGGCUGAUAGACUAUUCCGACUGGAUGUGUUCCCGCCUCGGCAUGGCGGAGAUCGGGUACACGGACCUCCUCCGCGACGGCCAGCGCCAGCGGAUGGCCAUCUGGCGCUGGGUGUACGGUCUCCUGGGCAUGGACGGCGGCGCGCCCCAGCAGCCGGAGGAGAGGACAUAGUGGCAGGCGCGGGCGUGUGCGGGGCACGGCUGUGCGCUGGAAGGAAAGGGCGUGGAGAGUCAGAUCAGCUGAUUGGCGUGACGCUUAUUGAGAUGUGGGGGUGCCUGCUGUUUAGGUGAUGUAACACUCGAACUGUGAUGUUUUUCUUUUUGCUUUGAAGCACUUACACUGCAUGUUUAACUGUACAGUGCCUAACGGUUUCCUGUGUUGCAUUUGUCUCGUUUUACAUGGGUGUCAGUCAAUGACUGAUGACUUUUAACAUGUGGCCUUGUUACGCGAUUGCGGAGCGCUUCCCACAGCUUACAUGAAA